CUAGACGCGGACCCGGUGCUGAGAGACCGCGAGCGAAAGCGGCUCUUCAGUUGAUAUCGCGACGGCUCUGAGAGGAGGCCAUGACACCGGCGACCGGCAUCUGUUUCCUGGUGAUCGCCUGCGGGGCAGCGCGCGUACUGGGUGUAUCGAAACUGCCGAACACCACGGGCAUCGAUGGCCUGCUGACUGCGGAAUUAGAGAUCGACAAGUUUUUUUCUUACUGGGUGGUGUUUAACAAUGACGAUGAGGUUAAGAUGUCAGAUGACUCUUUCACGAUCUUCGCCCCUCAAAACGCCGCAACAAAACACCUCGGUCCGGUGUUGCAGAGGCCGGACAGAGUGAAGACGAUACUCAUGGACCAUAUGCUGAUUGGAUCCCGCUUGGACCUGGAAAACGUUACGGAGGAGUUAACGUUCCAAACGGCAGGAGGCAAAAAUGUGCAUGUGAGACCCGUAAAGGACGGCAAACUGCAGGCCAACGAUGCAGUUAUCGUUAAACGAAAAGUUGUGGUGCCUAACGGCAUCCUCGUUGUUCUGGAUAAUUACCUAUUCCAGGAGGAUGAGAUAGUGAAGAAGAAUGCGACUGCGGCUAUACCUGUGGUGAAGCUGGCGGAUAUAGCCGCCCUGCCUCUCGUGCAUAAGGAAGAUACCAGUCAUCAUUAUAACAUGACGUUUGUGGAGAAUAUUCUGGAGGUGCUCUCUUUCCUGAAAAGUGGAGUAAGGGUGUUUCAACAUUUUCUGUCUAGAUCGAACGUUUCCAGGCUACUCAAGGAUGAUGAAGAGUACACAGUUUUCGUACCAACGGACCACGCCUUCCAACGAUGGCAUCCGAUAGACUGGGGUUUCUACCCCUUCAGCGUGCCUGAAUUCACAGAAAGUGUGAUCACCAACCAUUUUGUACGAGGCAGACUCAAGCAAGAUGCCAUCAAAGAUAACCAGAUAAUCAAGACUUUAGGAGGCAAAGAAAUAGUUUUCAAAAAAUCCCCCACUCUGACGGUGAAUGGUGCGACAAUAGUGAAGGGUGAUACUCCAGUGGCCAAGGGUAACAUCAUGUUCAUCGGCGAGGUUCUUUUCGUCAGCGAAUCGGUGGUUUCCAAACUUCAUCAACAGCACAGAGACAAAGAGACUCCUCCUCUCCUAGCUUUUCCGUGGUUUGGGGCCCAGUUCCUUUCGCACGCAUUCCUGGCGUUGGAAAGAGAUCGACGCUUCUCGCACAUUACUAGAUUUUUAAAUCUGGCUGACUUGGCACCUCACGUUUCCGGAACUGGAUACACUUUUUUCGUACCAACUGAUACUGCCUUCGAGGAAUUGGGACUCGAUAAGAUGCCAGACAACUACCUGUCGAAUGGGCAGGGUUUGGAGAUUCUGCUGAACCAUUUCGUGAAGGGAAGACUGUACAAUAAGGAUCUUGCUGAUGGGGUCAAACUGACGACUUUGGGGAACAAAACGAUCACGGUCAAGAUGAAAGAUAAAGUGAAAGUGAAUGAAGCCACCAUUGUAGAGAGUGAAGUAUUCGUUUACAACCUUGGAACAAUGUUUUACAUAGACAAAGUACUCUUUGCCACUUUAAACGAUUUACCAUCAACGAUCCAGUCCACAACCACUGCAAAAUCGACGCAGAAGCCGAUAGUAUCGACAACAGAAGCUGAAAUUGAGGGCAUCCCUGAUGAAAUUGCUGAGAAGACAGGACAACUUCCAGAUAUUUUAGUUUCGGAUGAUGCUUCGACAAACGAAACUCAAACUCUGGAACCGGAAGUUACUACGCAUAGUGAAACAAUCAAAUAAUCAUCCAGGAAAUCGUUGAGAUGGACAUAGCAAUAACGGGAAAAUUGAAAACUUUCCAAGUAAUCGUCUUUUCGAUUUUGUAUAUUGUCAGGAGAAUUUUGGCAUAUUAAUCAUGUAAAAACGUGAAAAUCAAGCGCUAUAUCAUUUAUUCAUGUCUCUUGAUAUCUAAUAUGUGGAUCUAUUUUGGUCUAUAAAAAUGUACAUUUGUUAAUUAAAAUACUUGUAAGUAACUCUUAAGCUGUAAAAAUACCCAAAUAUUUUUCUAGGAAAUUUUCGUACAAUUCAAAAUGAGUUAAAUCGUUCAGAAACUUGUAGCGUCAGUCUAUGGUUAAAAAAAAUAUUCGAUUUGUUGGCUGUAUCACUGAAUGAUUGUUUGAAAUAAGAACCUUCAAAAGGCAUUCCUAAUUUCGGCGUAUUCAUUUCAAAAUAUGAACUAGAAAUGAGUAGGAAGGAAUGUUGAAAUGCAAAAUAUCAGAGGUCAUUUCUUUCAUAGUAAACUAAUGCAGGACUAGAUUAGAGUAUAAUUUUAUGUAUGCUGAAAAAUAAUCUUCUUAGUUCAAAGUAUCAUUCGAUUAAUUUUCUGGACCAUUCCGUCAUAGUGCUAUGUAAAGGCUAUUUGUAUGACAUUUAUUUUUCAUAUCAUUUGUCUUCAAUGGGCUAGGAGCUUUUGAAGUGUGGAUUUUUAUCUUUCAACCCCAUCCCCGGUUUCACAAAACUUUCUUUAAGUGUUCUAAGGUUUUGGCAGUUCGAUAUGUGGACCGAUAAUUCAAGAAACACAUUUUUGGAAGAUCACUGUAUCCAUGAAUGUUGCUAGAUUUCCAUCUAAUUUUCUGUUUUGAAAAAACUUCGCUUCGCAAACGCUUGAUGCGGAGAACAAUAAAAGUUUCGUGAAACCUAACGUUAGUGUAUAUUGUAUAGUAUUUCACUGAAAUAUUUGAUUGACUACAGUAGUCUGAUUUAGAAUAAAAUGACUGAUUAACGUUGAAAUAACUCUAUAUUGUGAAUUGAAGUAUAUUUAUAUGAAAAAUUAACAAAGUAUCUGUUCAUUAUGAUUAUAACUAAAUGGACGAUGUUAUAUUAGGAGCUUUAUUACAAUCAAUGUUUAGAAUAGAAUACGCAUAAUUUCCUAAAAACAUGUUUAUUUAUUUAUAUAAAUCAAUUGUUAUUUUAAUACAUGCUCUUAUUGUUAAUAAAUGUGGAUUUAAUCCU